AUGGCAGAUUCGAACCAGAAUUCUAUGCCUACAUUUAAACUUGUUCUUGUAGGGGAUGGAGAUAUGUUGAGAGCUAAUUUUUGGGUACGUACAGGAAAAACAACAUUUGUAAAACGCCAUUUGACGGGCGAAUUUGAGAAGAAAUAUGUUGCGACUCUGGGUGUAGAGGUUCAUCCAAUUACGUUUUACACGAGUUAUGGUCCACUCUGCUUUAAUACGUGGGAUACUGCUGGACAGGAGAAAUUUGGGGGUCUCCGUGAUGGUUAUUAUAUUCAGGGGCAAUGUGCUAUUAUUAUGUUCGAUGUUACAAGUCGUAUUACAUAUAAAAAUGUUCCCAAUUGGCAUCGUGAUCUUGUCCGAGUAUGCGAGAAUAUUCCUAUUGUCCUUUGUGGAAACAAGGUUGAUGUGAAAGAACGCAAAGUUAAAGCAAAGUCUAUUACUUUUCAUAGAAAAAAGAAUCUUCAAUAUUAUGAUAUUUCUGCUAAAUCGAAUUACAAUUUUGAAAAGCCGUUUUUGUGGCUAGCUAGAAAAUUAAUUAGUUCUAAUUUGGAGUUUGUUGCCUCUCCUGCAUUAGCACCACCUGAUGUCCAAAUAUCUCAAGAGAUGAUUGCUCAAUAUCAAAGUGAACUUGACAAUGCUCAGGCACAUCCUCUUCCUGAUGAAGAUGACAUUGAUUUGUAA